AUGGGGUUCAUUGAUGACUAUAGGACACGGGAGACAACUCUUCGAGACCUUUUGUCUCAUAGAACAGGCCUUGCCAAUCCUGACAAUGGCCUCAUGGCUGGGUUUCCAUCAUCUUUAUCGAGGGAAGACUUGUGCAAACGAAUGAGGUAUCUGCCAGAGCAAAUCCCUUUUAGGGACUCCUUCAUCUACAACAAUUACAUGUACAUGUUACUUGGCCAUGUGGCAGAAAAGUUAGGUGGAGAUACGUUGGAAAAUCUUGUGUCGUCACGAUUUUUUGUUCCCCUUGGAAUGAAUUCAGCUAAAAUACUGAAAAAGACAUUAGACGUUCUUUCAAGUGAUAUGGCGCAUCCGUACAUAUACAAGGACGACUCGUUUGAGGAAUCAACUUCAGAUAUUUAUGAGUAA